AUGUCACCAUCACCAAAAACGCCUGAAGAAAAAAAAUUACCAGAUGAUGAUGAUAAUGCUUCAAACGAGGAAUUAUCUCAUCCACAAUUUCAUAUGCAUCAUGAAUAUAAUGCUUCAUCUGAUGAAUCAGCAGCAAAUUCUGAUGCUGAUGAACAUGAUCAUAAUAUAGAUUCAAAUGGUUAUUGUUUAUUACCACAAGAAUCUGUUAUAAAUCAACAAGAAAAACAAUAUGAUAAUGAUGAUGAUGAUGAAAAUGGUGACGAUGAUGAUGAAUUUCUUCGUUUUGCUACACUUCGAGUGCUUUCAACAACUGAUGAAAAUCGAACUUUACAAAUAUUAAAUCCAACAAUAGAAUCAGUUUGGACAUCAAAGGUCGAAUGUGAAUCAUUUCCUGUUGAUGAUGAUAAAGCUAAUUAUAUAAAAAAUCUUAUGUCGUCAAUAAAAUUACCUGAAUCAAGCAUACCAGCAUGGGCGCAAUUUUGUACUGAGCAAGAUUGGCAAGAAAAAUUACGAGAAAAAAUUACAUGCCGACAAACAACUUUUUUUCCUAACGAAAAACAAUAA